AUGGGGAUUCGCGGGGCCUGGGUGAUUAAUGGCCCCGACCCCUGCGAGCUUUUGGUUCGCAGCUUCGACACCUUGGAAGGCUGGCUGUCGGAGUGGCUGGUCAGUGGACGGCCUCAGGAGGUCUUCCAGCACCUGCAACGCAGGCAGUUCGCUGCCGCCCCUAACAUCAGUCGCGUGGAAGAGCUCAGCCACCUCCUCCAUCGCACCGCAGAGCUGUGCAGCGACACCGUGGCGCAGCCCACUCCCGACGAGGAUCUUGUGAAGACGCUGGAGAGCGCCCGUGGCCAAGCUGAGGUCUCGGGAUUCCUCCAAGAGCUAGGGGAGAGUAAGACGCUGCUUUUCUUUGAGGCACAUGAAUCCGUCUCAGUCGUAUGGCAGACAGCAUCGCUGUCAGCAAAGGUCGCACGGCUGGAUCAGGAGGAGUUGGAGAAGGAGCAAGGCCUUUUGGCAGAAUCCGUCGGAAUGCAAUUUGGUCCAUCCGAAGGCAGGCAUGCUGUGGACGCCGAGCCGGAGUUGGCCAGGUUCGGCUUGCUGGGCCUGGUGCGGCGGGCCGUCUCAGCCCAAUGGGUCUUCGAGAUGGCCCUCCUGGCGGUGGCCAGCUGGGGCGACCGCGCCAAGCGCCGAGGCAACGGCCUCCAAAACCGCUUGGCACUGGUGAAGAGCUCCUUGGAGAACCUUCACUCUCAGCUUCGGCGCCUGGCUUCUUUCCGCCGCUUGGCUUUCGAGGAGAUCCACUCGGCUGGUUGGUGGGGAAGGUCAGGAUCCGGCUCUUCCAAGCGGCACACGAUGGAGAUCGCAAUGCGCCUGGUAGACUUCCUAAGCACGAUACAACCAGGCGGCGCGCGCUCCCUUCUGGACGUGGGCUGCGGCUGGGGCGAGUGGGUGCCGGAGGCACUCCAGGCCGCCCAAGGCUCUGGGCGGCUCGGCGACUUCCGUUACCUGGGCCUGGACAUCGCCUGGCAGCCGAUCCAGCACCUACGCGCCACACACAGUGGCAGCUUCCUCCAGUUUGAGGUGGCCGAUGGCGUGGAGGUAGGGAUUCCGUUGGGGUGCAGCUUCUUGGGAAGCAGCCACGUGGCGCAGAAGACCUCGUUGAAGCAUUUGCAUGACAUUCGCGUGAAAGCAAUGCCCGAGGACCCCUUGCCGCAAGGCUACUCUGUGGCGAUGGCCUGGACGCUGCUUUCCAACCUGCGCCUGGCAAAGCCGGACUUCGUGAUUCUCUCAUCUUGGCCCGACUCGGAGAACGAGGACCUGGAAGAUUUGGGCGGGUCCUCGGCUUUCGCGGCCAUGGAGCCCACGAGUUUGAGGAAGUUCAAGUCUUACGACCUGCGGAAGCCACCCUUCAGCCUGCCGGAGCCGUUGGACUCCUGGCCUGAAGUCCAUCAGAACGCCCUGAUGUUGGCCUACGAAGGCAAGGUGCUCCAGAAGGCAAGAUCCAAAGAUCGCAGCAAGAUCCAGCAAGUCAAGGCGGAGGAGUUACUGCACGAACCAGAACCUCAGCAUGUCUUUGCGGCCGAAAAUGGAAGCUGCUAUUCUGCUGGAUAUUCUGUUGGGCAAAAGGGCUGUGUUGUUGUGAUCGCCUUUGUAUGCGCGCAGACACGAGAGCGCCCCUGGCCAGCAAAUCAGGAAGGCAGACGGCAGAAGACGGCAGAAGAUAGAGAGCCGCAGAAAAAGCCAGAAAGCCGCAGGCAAAGAGCAGAAAACAGCAUGCCAACACCUUGUGUUUCUGGAAGCCUUUGUCCGUCGGAUGAGGCCGGGCACGUGCCAGAAAGAUCGAGACCACUGUUGCACUCUCGCAUUCUGUCGCAUGCUGUCGCCCUCUCUUCGGCACUCCUCCUCUUCCCUCCCCUUCUCGAGUCUCUCCUUGCUCUGUGCCCCGUGUCUUAUGCGGAGGCACCUGUUCCUCGGCCAGGCCCGGGAGCGAACAGAGCCGGGAGCAAGUAUCGAAACUUCCUCCUUACAUGGUCCACCAAGGUCUGGGCGGCAUGUGCGUCCCUGCAGUCUUCCCUGCGACCCCUGCAGGAGCACCUGAAGUGGGAGUCCCUGGUCUACCUGGCCGAGGCGGCGUCUCAGGAGCAGGAGGAGCUGGCAGGCCAGGAGCAACUCCUGCAGCUCGGCGAGAACCUCGCCUUGGCAGCGGCAGAGGUCUGGGCUUUGGCCAGCCCAGGGCAGCUUCUCGCGCAGAUGCAGCAGAAAGGCUGGCCGGGAGGCGUGGAGCUUCUGGAGGCGGCUGCCAUGCCAGACGACCUUCAACGCUUGGGCGAGGUGCUCGUGAACCUACGUGGGCGGAUUGACAGGUUGGCGGCGGAUUGGGCAGACAUGCAACUCGCCCUCCGAGACUGGAGCAGCGAAGCUCAGCGACAAGCACAGCACAUCCCCAUCAAUCAUGGGAUUUUGUGGAGGCAAGCCUUUGUGGUCUUGAACAUGCUCUCGGCGUUGCCCAGCUUCGACGGCUGCUUGCACGGCCUCGCGCAGUCCAAGCGCCCAAGAGACCGAUACCUGAGCGCGCUGCUCUACGUCCAAGGCCUGCCCAUGCUCCCCAGCAUGCGCCCGCGCCCCUCACGUGGUGUCUUCACGGGCGAGGUGCUCGACGAGCUCGUCGAGCUCGGCGAAGCAAGCAAAAUCCGGGAGCCCGCGGAGCCCGCGGAGCCCGCGGAGCUGGCAGUGCUUCUCCGGAAGAUUGCGCAGGUGCGACAGCCGCACAAAAGCACCAGGUCCGGAUGGGAGGACUGGUGUGCUGGCGCACGUGCACUGUACAGCCUUUCCGCGCCCGCCGCCAAAGAGCCCUGCGAAACCCUCAGCGCCGCAGCCGGCGCUGUCCUGGCCCAGGUGCUGGCCUGGCAGGAGCCCCGAGCCUUCCUGGAGCGCGUCCGUCGCUUCCAGUUCUCUGUGGCUCCGAAUGUCUCGAAGUUAGAGGCCUUCGUCGUCCUUAUCACUGAAGCUGGCAGCUGCGCGCUGCGUUCGGAAGACCGAGGCCGAGACGAACUUGGCAACCACUCAGCCUCGGAUCCCUUCCCUGGGCUGCGCGAGCUGCGCGAGCUGGGCGAGGCGGACCGGCAGAGUCUCCGUGAGGAGCGCCGGCUUCUGUCCCAAGGCGCGUGGCAAGCACUGGAAGUGUUUCAGCAUGCCCACCAGAACGGCGAGGAUGACAGCGCUCAAGGUGACGGAAGCGACAGAAGCGACAGAAGCGAGAGAUUCCUGGGCUUCUUGGGUGUGAUCCGGCGCGUGGUGACGGCAGAGUACGUGGUCCACCUGGCCUUCGAACAGGCCUCCACCUGGGCUUUCCGGGUUCGGUCCAGGGGCAACGCGAUGCAGCAGCGGCUGGCCCAGGCCAGUCGCCAGCUCUCAGAGAUGCACACCGCCCUCCAGGCUCUCCCCACCUACCGUUCUUUGGCUUUCGAAGAGAUACAUGCCACCGGACACUGGGGCAGGGCCUCCUCAGGCGGCGGCUCCACGGAGGCAGCCACCGACGAACUGUCUCAGAGGCUCCUGCGCUUCCUCGUGAGGUUCGGGACUUCGAAGAGUUCGAAGAGUUCGAAGAGUCGGCCGGGCCCGGCCAGAAAUCGGUUGUCCCUUCUGGACGUGGGCUGCGGCUGGGGGGAGUGGCUGCCCACGUUGCUUCGCCGCGCUGUGGAGCGGAGGAUGCUGCCAGCGAAGGUUUUCUACCAUGGCCUGGACAUCGCCCAGCGGCCGAUCCGCUUCCUGCGCCAACACUUUGGCGGCUGUAGCGGCGCUUGCGACGCCUCCUUCCACUUUACCGCCUCGCGGCGACAAGCCAAGGGACAGCUAGUGAGCGUUUGGGCCCUUCCGUGGGAUUUCAGGACAAGCUUGAAGACAGGAGGCGAGUCGUACUUUCCAAUGUAUUUCAAGAGGGUCAUCGAACAUCCUAGGCAGUGUUGCCUUCUGCUCAGCAAGCUCAAAGUUCAUGUCUGCGGGCCAUUUGACAUGCAUUUCCCCGCAAAGUUUGCAUCAGAUCUGUGCAAGAAGUAG